CAGCCCCCGCACGCAGAGCGCAGGCGCCAGUUGCUGGCGGGCCCCGCGCUCAUGGCGCUGCCGGCGCUGUGCGGCUCGGGGGUGCAGUUCCGGAGGAUCCUGGCUCACUUCCCCCAGGAGCUCAGCCUGGCCUUCGCCUAUGGGUCCGGGGUCUUCCGGCAGGCGGGGGCUACCCCCAGCCAGAGUGUGCACAAUAUGCUGGACUUUGUGUUUGCUGUAGAUGAUUCUGUGACUUGGCAUAUGAUGAACCUGUUAAAGAAUAGGAGUCAUUAUUCCUUCCUAAAACUUUUUGGGCCAAAGCACAUCAGUAAUAUACAGAGCUGUGGAGCAGGGAUUUACUACAAUACUUUAGUGCAAUGUAAUGGUAGGAUGAUAAAAUAUGGUGUAAUUGGCACUGAUGCCCUGAUUGAAGAUCUGUUUCACUGGAAAACUCUCUAUGUUGCUGGACGUCUGCAAAAGCCGGUGAAAAUACUGACACAGAAUGAAAAUGGCAAGCUGCAGGCUGCCCUACUUAGCAAUCUGAAGAGUGCAGUCACAGCAGCCUUUCUCAUGUUGCCAGAAAGUUUCUCUGAAGAAGACCUCUAUAUGCAGAUUGCAGGACUCUCCUACUGUGGUGAUUUCAGAAUGAUAAUUGGAGAAGACAGGUCAAAGGUGCGAAACAUAGUGAAACCGAAUGUGUCCCAUUUUCGGAAGCUCUACAGUAAUAUAUUACAGGAGUGCCCUCAAGUGGUGUAUAAGCACCAGCUGGGCAGGCUAGAGAUCGAUAAAAGUCCAGAAGGUCAAUUCAUGCAGCUAAUGGCUUUGCCGAGGACUCUUCAACAAAAGAUAACUUCUUUUGUGGACCCUCCUGGGAAGAACAGAGAUGUGGAAGAGGUUUUACUGAAAGUGGCCCAUGACCCUGACUGUGGAUUAGUGGUACAUCAGGGCAUUUCAGGAAUUGUGAGAUCUUCCAGUCUAAUACAGAGCUCUAAAACCAUACUAACAGCUGGAUUCAAGAAAUCAGUGACUUACAGUAUGAAGAAAAUGUAUAAAAUGACAAAAGGAUAUCUGAGGAAGACUUCCUGAUGUCCAAAUUGUGUAUAUACUAUGUAUAGGUAAAUAAACAGAUCUCUUUUUCUCUGAAAAUAUUGUGCAAUUGGUACCUGUUACUUUACCUACCUACGUAAACUGUGGAUAGGUGGCAAUAAUUAUACUAUGUAUAUACAACUACUUUCUCACAUGGGGUGCGGACCUCAUUGGGUGCAGAUAUUUUGCUAACGGCUGAGGGAAUUCAUUUCCAAGUAUACUUAAGGUUUUCCUGCAUAUAUUAGAGAUCGACUCUGAAAUACAUUUGCCAGAAAUGCUUGUUUGCACAUCUGAAAGCAAAAAAUAAAAGUCCUGUAUGUUUGAUAGAAUCUGGACUAUUUUGGAAAAGAGAACUUUCUUCUCAAGCUUUGUCCAGUUCUCAUCUCCAGCCUCUUCUGAGGAGUUUAUAGAAUUGUGGUGUCCAGUUAAGUUUUAACUAAAUAUUAAAACUUUCCCCAUACAAUGCUUUAUUUUUUUACAUUAAAUCCAUUUGAGCACACAUGUAUUUUUAGAGUGCAAUAUUACUCUGUAACCCUUCUGCAGAGUGGGAUCCAUCAAGAAUACAUUUUUCUCUCCCACAACCCAGAAAAUACUUAAUGAGAGAGAAGCAUUUUGAAGGAUAUAUUUCACUGUCUGUGCCAUGUCUGGGAGCAUAGGUAACUGAAGAGUUACGAGCUGGUAAGGUAUCUUAAAGGUCAGCCAUUCUUGGCAAUCCUUUUAGUUGACAGCAACAUAACUCACAACCAAGUAGUGGCAGGGAGGUUAUAUUUCAAAACAAGGUCAAUUUUCAUUAAGCUUCUGGGUCCAGUAAUGUGUAACUUAUGCAAUAUAUUUAAAGUGUUCUGCACUACCAACUCACAAAGUACUUUAAAAUCAGCCUGGUUAAAAUCAUGGAAAUUUUUGUUCAUUACAGUAUAAACUAAUUGAUUAAUGUAAACUGUAAAAUGUGUGUGAAAAUACUGGCCAUAAGAAUAGAAGCUAUUCUCCUCCAAUUAAUCAGAUCAGCUUUACAAAAGAUUCAACUACCAUAUUCCUAUUACUUGUCAAUAAGUAAUUAAAGAUGCGGUCACUGGAGGCAUUGUCCUUUUAAUGUAAAGAGAAUCUUUGAUAUGGUGUAUUAGAAGUAUCUGCUGUAGAUAAUGGGAAUGUUUGAGAAUACCUUUUUCUCUUUGGAUCAAGUGGCUUUACUUACUUAUCCAAAAAUGGCUUUUCUUAACAGGUGUUCUCCAUAUGAAGGGUCUUGACAGGGGCAUCCUUUUUCUCACUAUUUGAUCUGGUUUUAAAGCCAGUGGCAGUGUCAAUAAGGGAAAAACAAUAAUAUAAAGAGGUUAGGAAUUUAAAAGUAACUUUUCCACAGACUAUUUCUUUUUGUUGCAUAACCUUAAUUUCUGAAAUGUAUCAUUUGAUUUCAUUUAAUUGGAAGUUUUAGGAAAAUCUUAAAUUACAAAAGGAAUUGAGGGUGUAAAACCAGCUGUUACCUAGUUCCAAGGAGUAAUUUAAGCAUAUCAUGCAGCUUGGAAAUUUGAGUGGGAAGCUGAGGAAAUAACAUACUGUAACAUGGCUCGUUAAUUCAGUUCUGCUUUCAUCACCAUUGAACAGAUGUUACAAUCUAUGAUUUUAAAAUCCUGAAGAGCUUAAAGUGGUUCAGUUUUAAAUCUAGAGUCAGUAAAUAAAACUAGAUUGUUCCAUUGAAAGCUUUAUUGGAAUAAGACUGGUAGUACAGUGAAUAUCCUCCCAAAGCCAUUGUUCCUAUUAACUGCCUUUCCUAUAUGUAUAUUCCUAGCAUUUUGUCACCCAUCAAUAGUUGGUUACAAAUCUUGGAAUAGGGUCAAGGAAACCGGACAAACAUUUCUGUAGAGUGUGCACUUUUUGAUAGUGGUAGGCUUUAGGUUUCCAAACUUCCAGGAAUACAAUGUGUUAGGCUAAAAUUUCCAUAUUGAUUGUUUCAGGGGGGAGGAAAAAGUAGAGAUUGGCUGAAAACCCAUUCCUUCCAUGAGUUGCCAACAUUACAAUAGUAAGUGUCUGCUUCAUACUAUUAGGUAUGUUAGAGAGGCUGAGAAAGUUGGUUUGCAGCUGCUUCUGUACCCUGUGGAGAGAGACCAUGAAUCAGUAAGCCUAGGAUAUUCCGAAUGCAAGAGGAAAAGUGAAACUGGGAAAACAGGUUAGUCUCCAAGCAUAAGAAAAAGAAUAUCAUCCCCAUAUAACAGGUGAAAGGUACUGUCAUCCUUGCAUCACCUUUAAAUAGAAAAUAAUUGGCAC